AUGGAAGACGCGAGCGAUCGGUACGCCCCGUUCUCGGGGCCUAGCCGCAGCUUGCGGGAGGAGGACUUCAAACCGUUCUCUGGGGCUUAUCACAAGUUGGGGAAGCAGGACCAGAUUCUGUCGCCGUUGAAGGGCCCCAGCAGUGCCGAGAAGUUCCAGAGCGGGGACUAUGAGCGGGAGCUGUCCACGGAGGACUCGAGCGCGGUGCCUGAGAUGAUCGAGCGCGAACUGCGGGCUCAGCGCAUGGACUGGCUGGACAGGACUGUCGGGGGCGAGAUUAGGCUGCAGGGCAUCGCUUGCGCCCAAGUUCCCAUCGCGAACGAGGAGAGGGCCCGCCACGCCCGCCAGGACGAGGACGGCCUCUUUCAGGCCAUGGAGGUCGACGAGGACGGCCGCCGCUACGGGCCAGACGGCCGGGCCAUGGAGGGCCAGGUGGACGAGGUCGCCGCCGGCCAGGCCGAGGAGGCCCAGAUGGACGAGGGCGCCGCCAGCCAGGCCAUGGAGGGCGAGGUGGACGAGGUCGCUGCCAGCCAGGCCAUGGACGAGGUCGCCGCCAGCCAGGCCAUGGACGAGGGCGCCGCCAGCCAGGCCAUGGAGGGCGAGGUGGGCGAGGUCGCCGCCAGCCAGGCCAUGGAGGGCCAGGUGGGCAUGGGCGGCGAGGACGCUGACGCAGAGCUGAGGAGCCCGACAGCGUCGGCGUCGGAGAACGAGGUCGAGGCCACGGUCCCUGCUGGCGACGAGGAGGUGCAAUUGGCCAGGGACAUGGAGCGCCCCGCGACGGGGGCGGCUGAGGAGCUCAUGACGGGGACUUCUAUGGGCGGAGGGUUGCAGUCCCUGCAGUCACGCUUGGAGCGUCGCGGCAUGCUCGGCUUGGGGGCCAGGUCUAAGGCCAUGGCGAGGCCGCCGCAACAGCAGCCCGAGAUCAACGCUGGCGAGUUUGUGCCGCACCAGGUCCAGGAGGAUGGGGCUACCGCGGGCGCACCGCCAGCCCCGUUGGCUGAGGACGCGCCGCCAGGCCCGUCAGCUGCGGCGGCGACGCGCGCCCAGUCAGUCAAGCCGACAUCGGCACCAGCGAACGUCAUGGACGAGAAGAUCCGAGUCCAGGUGGAGGCGGCGAGGAAGCUGCUCGCGUCCAGCGUGCAGUGCCAGAUGAAGAUGAGCGAAUGGAGCAGCCGCUGCGGUGGGGCCGUCAUCAAGACGCUCCUUGAGCAGCAGUUCAAGGGGCAGCAGGAGGACAUGCUCAGUGCCCAGGCGAUCCUGAACCUUCUCGACGCGGUGGCACAAAAGGAGGACGGAUCCCUUCUCGACGCGGAGAGCUUGGCAGAAGAUGUCGCCCGUCCCCCCCGCGAGGGCAAGGCGGCAGUGGGCGGGCUCCCGCCGCUCCCGAGGGGAGACUCAGAGCUCGUCCUCGCGCCAGGGACCGCGAAGAGCUUGGAGUCGAGUCUCAACGAGAUCGCGGUGAAGCGCACCCUGUCCGAGGCGCAGGGCAACAUAAAGAACGUCCCCGCUGAGAUCUUGGCCCAGAUCGAGCAGCUGCAGAAUGGGAUUAAGGACGGCAUCAAGGCGAGGAGCAACGUCUACCAGCAGUUUGGCAGGUGGCUGGCGCAGAAGAUCAAGCAGGAUCCGAAGUUCGCUGAGGACUGGGAUGCGAAGGCAGCAGACGACCGCCGCGACUACAGGACCGAGUGGGCUCAGAGGAAGCUGACGGAGCUCAAGCGCAAGUACAUCCACAAGCGCGCGUACAAGAUGGUGGACGAGAGCGUCGGGACCUACUUCUCGUUCUCCCGCAUCGUCGUGGAGAACGCGAUCGCCGCGCGGCGGUACUGCGAGGCGUGCAUCGCCAUGGGCGGCGAGUGGCUGACGUACUGCUCGCUCACGCAGCGCGUGAAGUUCUUCUACGUCUCGCUCCAGCGCCGCGAGGUGAUGGAGAGGAGCUGGUCCGAGCACAUCGAGAACGAGGAUCAGGCCGCUGCCGCGACGAAGAGGGAGGCCCCUGAAGAGGGUGGGGCCGAGCAGCCCAACGCCAAGAGGGGGCGGCGGGGGAGGGCCGUCACUGACGGUGCCGACUCCCACGCGGAGAUCACGCCAGAGCAGGCCGCCGCGAAGGAGGCCAAGAAGAAGGUGGCGACGGCUGAGCAGGCCGCCAAGAAGAUGCUGUCGCAGUUCCAGCAGCUCACGCAGUCGGUGGACACCAUCAAGCACUGCAUGGCUGCGAUGCCCGAGUGGAAGUGGCUCAAGGACCACAAGAAGAACAUGGACGACCUCGGUGCCGUGGAGAAGGCCGUUGCCGACAGCCGCACGGACCUCUUCAACCGCAUGAUGAGCGAGGAGAUGAAGAUGAUCAAGAAGGACUACGCCGACGCCGACAUUGUCAGGGACUUCAAUCAGAUCGUGACGAAGACCGCAGGGGAGACCGAUAGCGAGUGCGAUUCCGAUGAGCCUCGCGACCCAGAAGCUGGGAUGUCGUUCGUCAACGAACUGAUCGAAAUGUACCUCCUUGGGAAGCCAAUGAAUGCUCGUCACAUGAGCGUCCUCUGCCAUUACGCCUGGAAAGGCGGCCUGCUAGAAGCAAAGCCAUAUGCGGUCAACCCAGAGUCCAAAGGUCGCAACCACCAGCGUAAAAUAGAUAAAGCAUUGAAUCUGGAGCGCUUUGACGCCAGGAUGGUGAUGAUGUUCCAGCAAGGCGGCCACUUGGGCAUCCCAGAGACCACCCAGAAGCUGGCCGCUGAGCUCCUGAAGCAGGGCGAGUUUGACCUGAGCCCUGCCGAGUGGGUGACCGUCGCCGCGCGUGUCGUGAACGAGCACAUGGCCCACGUGCCUGUUCGCGACCUCGACCUCCUUGAGGCGAAGGCGUUCCGGGAGCACGGCUGCGAGACGCGGGAGUUCGACCGCGAGAGCAGGGAUGCCACGGAGGAUCUGACGUCUCUUGCUGGCAUGAUCCACGUGGGAUUGCUGGCCCUUCGGAUCAAGCCGAAGGGGUUGAUCACAAUCGCGCUGGAGUGCUCGACAUGGCUCGGUUUCACCAGCAACCACACGCACGGCCGCACCAACGACAACAUAUAUGGCCAUGAGGAAAUGAACAAAGUGAAAGAGGCCAAUAUGUGCGCAGACGUGGCCGCGUGGCUCAUCUUCUUGUGUCACGCUAGGGAUGUGUUCUACGUUCUAGAGAAGCCCGUGCAAAGUAGAUUGUACUCGUACCCUGCGAUCGAGUCUUCGUUGGACAUCUGCGGCGCGAGCCAGGCGCUCACGUAUUUGGGAGCUUUUACGGACGACCAGACAAUCCCCAAGGCUGUGCACCUGGCGACCAGUUUGCCGAAACACACCUGGGCCCACUUCACGAGGCCCAAACCCAAGAAGGAGCUGAGCACGGAUCAGAAGAGCAAGUUCCAUUUCGUCACAAAGGAGGGCUGGGUGUGCUCGGGCAAUCAGUUGAAGAGCACGCAGUACUACCCGCCCGCCUACUGCCACGCGCUGCACGCCGCUUGGGAGGAGGCCUGCCUUGGCGAGAAACAGGGGCCCAAGAGAGCCAUCGAGCGAGAUCAGACGAGCCUGCUGAGGUGGACGCAGAAGGAUAGCUCCAGGACGAAGAGACGCAGGGAGGUGAUGCGGUACCGCGUCAGCGAAUUCAUCGUGAUCCUGCUACAGGCGCGGGCCACUAGGGGGCGCGGCAUGGAGGGGAGGUGCGAGUAUUUCAAGUGCUGCGUUAUCGGCCAGGUGUUACCGCUCGUAUCCGACGAGCUCGUAUCGGGCGACAUGCGCAUUUGGUGCGACGUCUCCGAUGGCUGGUGCAUCGUGUGGAGGGCCCUCGACGGCAGUAUCAAGCAGCGUGGAAUGUGGGAGAUGGACCCUCAUAGGACGUCAUUCAGCGAGCUACUGGGCUCGCUCGCAGAGAUCCUGUGGAGAGACGGGAGCGGGGACCAGAUGUUCCCGGAGUUCAGUGAGGGCCUCGGACGCUGCAGCGAGGACGCGGCGAGGAAGCUGCGGCAGCAGUACCUGCCCCAGCUGGAGUUGCUCAGCCAGCGGAGCUACGCGCACGCGGGCGACGUGGAGCUGCAGGACUCAGUCAUGCCCCUGCCCGCAGGGCUCGCGCGCCGGAUGAUCCAUCGAGCGUCGGCGACGAGAGGGCCAAGCGGGCCCGAGACGCGUGGCCAGCAGCUGCCGCCGCUGCGCCAUCCUCUGACGGACCUGCUGGACCUGCCGGUGCCGCCGCGGGGCCAGGGGGGGGAGCGGCCGCUACUUGGGGGGGCGGCCGACGUCGAGUUCGCGAACGAGGGCGGCGAGCCGCGCGGCAUGAGCAUCGAGAACAACCGGCAGGUCCGGGUCGACACCGAGCUGCUGCGUUCCGGCAUCCCGCAGCGCCGAAAGAGGCGCGAGUGGAAGCGCCGGUUGGGCGGCAGGUCUUUGGCGAUGCGCGCCGCGCACUUGAGUCUUGACCGGCUCGAUGCGGCUGGGGCGACCAAGACCUGGCGCAGGUUUAUGAAAUCUCCGAAUGCCGCCAACCAGGUAUUUGACGCAGCCACGCACCAGAAUCAAAGUGACAUGCUGAAAGAGUGCGUGCCGGCACGCGUUCCGCGCAAGCAUUUGACAAGCACGAUGCAGUCCAUGAAGCCUGGAGCAAGCGCCGAAGUCGGGGGGGGGCCGAAGCCGGCGACCGUGGCCACGUGGCGAAAGAAGCGGAUGAGGAAGCAGCACCACGUGGUCGAUGACGUCGCCGGCCUGCGAAGGCGGCUGAGGGCCCUGGCGGCGGCGGCGCGCGCACCCCCGGAAGGCGCAGGCGCGGGCUCCAGCCCGCGGUGGCUGCUCGCGUGCCCCAGGCCGCCGCCAGAGGGUGCCGCGGGCGCGAGCGCCGCCGUGCGCCAGGUCGCCCUGCCGCCCACGGCUGCCUUGCGGGCCGAGCUGGCCGACGCUUGGGCGCUGUUGGCCGAGCGCGGCGAACGCCGGCGCGAAGCGGAGGCGCUCCGCAGGGAUUGCCGCCGCGCGGAGGAGGAGCUGGCCGCCCUGCGCGGCAGGGCCCCCGCGCCCCGGCGGGGCGAGGCCGCCGCCGCCCCUGGCGACGACCGGCCGCUCAGCGGGUCUCCGACGUACGCGCGGCUGCACGACGGGCGCCAGGUGGAGCUGACGAGCAAGGUGCAGCAGCAGGCGGCGGAGCUCGAGGAGCUGCGGAGACGGCUGAACGCCAUCCGUGCCGACGGUUAGCCCGAUUGGCGUCCCGCCGAUAUCCGCCGCUCUUCUGCCAGAGGACCGCUGCCAGCGCGCGCUUCACACUUGCGCCCCAGGCAUCCAAAACAGGA